AGGGAUGUAUCAAAAAUAAACGUAAAGUGGGUUUUACCGAAGCUUCUUGGAAUUACAUGAUUCAGUUGAGAACUGAACCAUGAUCGCCAAGUUUUGUGAAUCAGUCAGCGAUGGAGAGUCUUGCCGCGAGAACGAAAUGAUUUUUCAUAAACUAGAACCGUCUGAAUUGCUUAAACAUCUGCUGAACGCUCGCGAGUCGGUGAGUCAUAUUAAGUCGCGGAAGUUCCGUUCGCCGGAAUCGGAACCUCAUAAAUUAGACAGCGUUGAGUACGACACUCUAUUCGCACCAGUUGCACCGCUGAGUUAUAACCUCAAAAACCAUGGAAUUAUGGACGAGGUCCUCUCGAACGAGACAAUCGACUUUUUACUGUCCGAAGCCGAAAAUAAUUUGUACAUCAACUCCCCAUCCGCCGGAAGUGAGUCCUGCGACUUCACGGAACUUCAGCCCAGCACCAGUACCUCGGUUAAGGAUAUUUUUUCGAAGGCCUCGUGUUCAAAGGACGAAAAUAAAUUUCGUGUUUGUCCGACGGAAAGUGUGAAAGAUUCAAGUGACAAUGACGGCAACAAUAGUGAUAAAAACUGUGAUAGUGAUAAGGACCUGGAUAGUGCCAUGGUGUUAGUUCCUUCCGAUCCCAAAGAAUGGACCAGCGAUCACAUAAAAUCCUGGUUGACAUGGAGUACAACGAAAUUCUCGCUUGACCCGAAACCGAACCCUGAGGCAUUCCCGUCCACAGGAGCCGAGCUCUGCGAGUUAUCCUUAAGCGAUUUCGAAAAAAGAACCGGUUCGGAACAAACAGGGAAAGUCCUGGCCAAAUACAUCGCCCAUCUAAGGCACAGGAUAACAGGACGAGCCAGUAGUCCCUUAAACGUGGAAUGCAAAGUAUUCGAGGACGAUAGCGAUAAAGAUCAAGAUCCCUACCAGCUGCUGAACCUGACGACCAGCCGAUUGGUCGCGCAAGGCUCCGGCCAGAUCCAAUUGUGGCAGUUCCUGCUCGAGCUGCUCCACGAUUCGUCGAACGCGGCGUGCAUCACGUGGGAAGGCACCAACGGCGAGUUCAAGCUGACGGAUCCGGACGAGGUGGCGAGGAGAUGGGGCGAGCGGAAGUCGAAGCCCAACAUGAACUACGACAAGCUCAGCAGGGCGCUCAGGUACUACUACGAUAAAAACAUAAUGUCCAAAGUACAUGGCAAACGUUAUGCAUACAAGUUCGACUUCCAUGGACUUAUGGCAGCGUGCCAGGCACAAGCGCAAGGGCAAGGCGAGAUGAUGCCAGCCUAUCACAAGUACCAACCCCACCAAAGUGAAUUGGGCGCGGCGCUUUACCCUACAGGUUCAGGGGGGAAUCCCAGGCUGCCUAGCAUGCUUCCCGGGGGAGGUCAGCAUUCGCAACCAGGGCUGUUUUCCCCUUCAAGUUAUUGGCCCUACUCGCCUGGCUCGUUUGACCCCAGAGGACCCCCUUUUAAUUAAAAAUAUUAUCUUUCCUUAAUUUUAGUUGAAAUUUGUAAAUAUUGAAUCGUUGUUUUUAUCCAUAUUGUGAUAUGUUUAUCUACUUAAAGUAAAUACUCCUUUCAGCACACCAGCAUAGUUGCUGAUACUUAAAACUUAAAGUCUAUUCAAAUCCAAGCUGGACUAAACAAAAAUUCCUUUCUAUUGGUCGAUUCUGAUGGUGUAACUCGGAUUGUGAGCUCUUAUUG